AAGCUGCUGCAGAUGCGGCGGAAGGUGGUGUCGGAGGAGGAGCAGCGGGACAGCGGGAGCGAGCUGCGCGGGGACGAGGAUGACAUCCCCCUGGGGCCCCAGUCCAACAUCAGCCUCCUGGACCAGCACCAGCACCUCAAGGAAAAGGCAGAAGCACGGAAGGAGUCAGCCAAGGAGAAGCAGCUGAAGGAGGAAGAGAAGAUCCUGGAGAGCGUAGCGGAGGGCCGAGCUCUGAUGUCAGUGAAGGAGAUGGCCAAGGGCAUCACCUAUGAUGACCCCAUUAAAACCAGCUGGAAGGCCCCUCGUUACAUCCUGGGAAUGUCGGAGGCCCGGCACGAUCGCGUGCGCAAGAAGUACCACAUCCUGGUGGAGGGGGAAGGCAUCCCACCCCCCAUCAAGAGCUUCAAGGAGAUGAAGUUCCCAGCAGCUAUCCUAAGGGGCCUGAAAAAGAAGGGGAUCCAGCAGCCAACGCCCAUUCAGAUCCAGGGCAUCCCCACGAUCCUCUCAGGGAGGGACAUGAUUGGCAUUGCCUUCACCGGCUCUGGGAAGACCUUGGUGUUCACCCUCCCAGUGAUCAUGUUCUGCCUGGAGCAGGAGAAGAGGCUGCCAUUUUCCAAGCGAGAAGGACCUUAUGGACUCAUCAUCUGUCCCUCUCGGGAGCUGGCCCGGCAGACCCACGGCAUCAUCGAGUACUACUGCCGCCUGCUGCAGGAGGAUGGGCUGCCCCCCCUGCGCUGUGCCCUCUGCAUCGGGGGCAUGUCUGUCAAGGAGCAGAUGGAGACCAUCAAACAUGGUGUACACAUGAUGGUGGCAACCCCUGGCCGCCUGAUGGACCUGCUGCAGAAGAAGAUGGUGAGCCUGGACAUCUGCCGUUACUUGGCCUUGGAUGAGGCUGACAGGAUGAUUGAUAUGGGCUUUGAGGGGGACAUACGUACCAUCUUCUCCUACUUCAAGGGCCAGCGGCAGACCCUCCUCUUCAGUGCCACGAUGCCUAAGAAGAUCCAGAACUUUGCCAAGAGUGCCCUAGUGAAGCCCAUCACCAUUAACGUUGGGCGAGCGGGUGCUGCCAGCCUGGAUGUUGUGCAGGAGGUGGAGUAUGUGAAGGAGGAGGCCAAGAUGGUGUACCUCCUGGAGUGCCUGCAGAAGACCCCACCACCUGUGCUGAUCUUUGCGGAGAAGAAGGCGGAUGUGGAUGCAAUCCAUGAGUACCUGCUGCUCAAGGGCGUGGAAGCUGUGGCCAUCCAUGGAGGGAAAGAUCAGGAGGAACGGACAAAAGCUAUUGAGGCUUUCCGGGAUGGGAAGAAGGAUGUCCUGGUGGCUACUGACGUCGCUUCUAAGGGCCUGGACUUCCCAGCCAUCCAGCAUGUCAUCAACUAUGACAUGCCAGAGGAGAUUGAGAACUAUGUUCACCGUAUCGGGCGUACAGGCCGUUCAGGCAACACAGGCAUUGCCACCACCUUCAUCAACAAGGCCUGCGAUGAGUCGGUGCUGAUGGACCUGAAGGCCCUGCUCCUGGAGGCAAAGCAGAAGGUGCCACCUGUGCUCCAGGUGCUGCACUGUGGGGACGAGACUAUGCUGGAUAUUGGAGAUGAGCGGGGCUGCGCCUUCUGCGGUGGCCUGGGCCAUCGCAUCACCGACUGCCCCAAGCUGGAGGCCAUGCAGACCAAGCAAGUCAGCAACAUUGGCCGCAAGGACUACCUGGCCCACAGCUCCAUGGACUUCUAGCCCAGGGAGGGUGCUGCCC